CUUCCAUCCUCAAUCUUCAAUCAGCAAGAAAGAUAUAGCCACUGCAAAUUCAAUUUACUCAAAGAUGAACAGAGAUGGAGACUGGAUGUGUGGUACAUGCCAACACAUGAAUUUCAGGAGAAGAGACGCAUGCCAACAGUGUACACGUCAUAGGUUUGGAGGUGACGCGGCUGCUGACAUGGCAUCCUACGGAAUGACGAUGAUGACGGCGACAAAACCGGGUGACUGGUAUUGCACCUCAAUUAACUGCGGUGCUCACAAUUUCGCUAGCAGAACUAAUUGCUACAUGUGCGGCGGGUUCAAAGACGAGUAUUGUUAUGGACCCGCCGCCGGAAUCAUGGCCGCAGCUGCAUUUCACGAUGGCUCGGGCUUACCCGGAUGGAAAUCCGGUGACUGGCUAUGUAAAAGAUUUGGAUGUGGUUGGCAUAAUUAUGCUAGCAGGAUGGAGUGCUAUAAAUGCAAAACCGCAAGAGAUUAUGGUGCAAUGUAAGAGAAAUUUUAUAUUACAAGCAAGAAGAUGAUUUGAGGGCUUACUACUAAAUUACUAAUUUGGCCCCCUUCUUUUGUUUUUGUUUUUUUUUUUUAUCUUUGUUCUUUUCUUUUUAUCCAAAUCAACUCAUUAAUCAAACUUUUUGACUAAACCUUUGUAAGGACCAAUUGCAAUCAAAAAGAUCUCAUGAGUU